AUGAAACAUCAAACUCUGAAAUUUGUUGCUGCCAUAGAUAUGUUGCACACGUUUCUCAGAGUUCUGGGAAUAGAUCAUUUUCAAAAGAUGAACUCAUUUGGAAUCGAGGAUUUCGCCCAAAAAUAUGGAGAUCUAAAACCUUCUCAGUUCGUUGAUGUGAUCUCGCUUGUGGGUGACAAGGCCGAUAAUAUACCAGGUCCUUUAAUAGUUAUUCCAGAAUCACUGUAUGGGCAUUAUGCCAGUCUCUCAUAUGUUUUCUCCUGGGAGAAAGUUCUUAUGUUGAGCAAUCUAAUGGGAAGCUUGGGAAAUGGGAAACAAGUCUAA